ACUAAUGAGCGGUCCGUCCCCGCGCUCUCCUGCCUGGAAGUGCUGACAGAUCAAGGCAACAAAUUUCAAUUACAAGCCCUAAUUUGUGUCCGCAGAGCGUUUGUUACCCAUGUCAGUCCUGUUGGGCCCAUCAGACGGGGCAGAGCGAGGAGGAGGAGGAGAAGGAGGAGGAGGGGGAGAAAAAGGGAGCAUCUGCAAAAAGGAAUAGAGUUGUUGUUUUUUUUUUCUCCCCUUGAAAAAAAAAAAAAAGAAAGAAAAAAAAAACUUGGCUGAUAACUCGGAUUUAAAAAGAAAGGCGAGGAAAAGCCCCGGCCCCAGCCGGCGCGGUCGGGAGGACGGGCGGGCGGCGCUGGCUGCAGGGGGGGCAUGGCCGACAAGCGGCGGGCCUCGCCCGGCACCACCAUGAGCCUGAAGGCUCACGCCUUUUCGGUGGAGGCGCUCAUCGGGGCCGAGAAGCAGCAGCCGCCCGCGCCGCCCCCGCGGCAGCCCAAGCGGCGGAAGGUGGGCGGCGAGGACGAGGCGGCGGACGACGAAGGGGUCAGCGGCUGCUGCGCCGGGAGCCCGGCGGCCACCAGCGGCAGGAACGGCGGCGACAUGGAGCCGGGCUGCGCCCGCGGGCCCGCCGGUGAGUGCCGCUCCGGCCCGGGGACGGGGCGGGGGGCGGCGGGGAGGGCGAAUAGCGCCGAUGAGGGUUUCGCGGCGGCGUCCCCGCCCGCCUCGCCCGGCGGCGGCGGCUCCCCGAAGGGCUCCGGGCCCGCCUCGCCUCUGCCCGCGCCCCAGGCGCCGCGCGUUGAGCUGCAGGGCGCCGAGCUCUGGAAGCGUUUCCACGAGAUUGGCACCGAGAUGAUCAUCACCAAGGCGGGCAGGCGGAUGUUUCCCGCAAUGAGAGUGAAGAUCUCAGGUUUAGACCCCCAUCAGCAGUAUUACAUCGCCAUGGAUAUUGUGCCAGUGGAUAACAAAAGAUACAGGUAUGUUUAUCAUAGCUCCAAGUGGAUGGUGGCCGGCAACGCUGACUCCCCAGUACCGCCUCGUGUUUAUAUUCACCCCGAUUCACCUGCCUCCGGGGAGACGUGGAUGAGACAAGUGAUCAGCUUUGACAAACUAAAGCUCACCAAUAAUGAACUUGAUGAUCAAGGGCAUAUUAUCCUUCACUCUAUGCAUAAAUACCAGCCUCGUGUCCACGUCAUCCGAAAAGACUGUGGAGAUGAUCUGUCCCCGAUCAAGCCUAUCCCUUCGGGAGAAGGAGUCAAAGCAUUCUCCUUUCCAGAGACAGUUUUCACCACUGUCACAGCAUACCAAAAUCAACAGAUAACUCGUCUGAAGAUUGACAGGAAUCCAUUUGCCAAAGGGUUUAGAGAUUCAGGACGUAACAGAAUGGGACUGGAAGCUUUGGUGGAGUCUUACGCCUUCUGGAGACCUUCACUUCGGACACUUACAUUUGAAGAUAUACCUGGGAUACCUAAACAAGGAAAUGCAGGUUCUUCUACCUUACUCCAGGGAUCUGGCAGUGGAGUGCCUUCUACCCACCCUCACCUUUUGCCGGGUUCCCCUUGCUCAUCUCCAGCCUUCCAUCUCAGCCCCAACACUAGCCAGCUCUGUAGCCUUGCUCCUGCUGACUACACAGCUUGUGCCCGCUCAGGUUUGACCCUGAACAGAUACAGCACUUCCUUGGCUGAAACCUACAACAGGCUCACAAACCAAACCAGUGAGACGUUUGCACCCCCCAGGACUCCCUCUUAUGUUGGUGUGUCGAGUAGCACAACUGUGAAUAUGUCAAUGAGCGGCAAUGACGGGGAUGCAUUCAGCUGCCCGCAAACUGGCUUAUCUAUGCAGAUUUCAGGGAUGUCUCCACAGCUCCAGUACAUCAUGCCAUCCCCUUCCGGCAAUGCCUUUACCACUAAUCAAACCCACCAAGGCUCCUACAACACAUUUAGACUGCACAGUCCCUGUGCGCUGUACGGAUAUAACUUUUCGACAUCCCCUAAACUGGCUGCCAGUCCUGAGAAAAUUGUUUCUUCCCAAGGAAGUUUCUUGGGGUCCUCGCCGAGUGGAACCAUGACGGAUCGGCAGAUGUUGCCCCCUGUGGAAGGAGUGCACUUACUUAGCAGUGGGGGGCAGCAGAAUUUCUUUGACUCUAGGACCCUAGGAAGCUUGACACUCUCAUCUUCUCAAGUGUCUGCACAUAUGGUUUGAUGAAGCCUUUAAGUAAAAGUACAGUAUGUUUUGUGUCUACAAUGUAUUUCUUUUGGAAUAUGAAGGGACAAUCAAUGUAGCUUGUAAAGUGUGUGUAUAUAUAAUAUGAGAGGAAGUUUCACUGAAUUUUUGACUUGUUUGCAGCCAGAUUAUUCUCCUUUUUUGAGCUACACGGAGUUUUCUGUGGUGCAGACUGCUUUAGUUUUCUGGUGCACUUAGUUGUGUAACACGUUGGGACAUAUGCAACAAAUUAAGUAAGACUUCCUCCCCUUUCCCCCUCCUCUGUUCUAAGCCCUUUAAAGAAUUAAAUGACACUUAGAGUAUUAAACGACACAAACAAGCCCACUUACAUUGCCUGUAGUACUAGUGAGAUUCUUUAAAACAUUCAUGCAGUGUUAAGCUGAUGCACCAAAGGCAUUUUACAAUCUUCUUCUCUGUUAUAAGGGAUAUGAAGGGUAUUUGGACUUUCAAGUGUUAAGUAUCAAGCAUCCAGCCUAAAAUAGAAGUUUAGCUAAUGGAUUAUUUACAAAGUAAACAGAAAGAUUAGUUUGCCUUCUCAUGAUACGCUGUUUUUAGCUUAUCAACGGCACAGCAUUCUUACUAGGAUUUUUUUUUUUCUGCAUUAGUCUAGAUUUAUGAUUAGGAAUUUGAAGACAAAUAAUGCGUAUUCAAAUUGUGGUGAUGUGAGUGAUUUAAGCGAACAGCCAAAGAAAUGGCAUUCCUUGGUACAGAAUGAACUUUGGGGUGCUUCAUUUUUGUCAAAGGAAGGGCUUGACGCAUCUUUUUUCCAUCGUAAAUAUUGCCUGUAAGACAUUUACUGAACAGUAGGAUAUUCUAAUGUAUCUUUGUUUUUAUAUUUUUACUUUUUUAAAGCAAAUGCAGGUUUGAUUUAGAAAAAGUGUGCAGGACAAGAAAUUCCGUUAUUGAUUUUACCCUUUUUUGUGUGUUGUGAUCUCUCUUUUUUUUUUUUUUUUUUUUAAUAAGAAGUCCUCAGUAUCUCAUAAAUUGUACGUACAUUGCCUGCAGCCAUUAGGUGAAUAACCCAGUUUGCCCACAAGUAUUACUGGAAGCAGAACUUUCUUCUAGCUGCCUCCCUGUAAUGUGGCCAAGUUGGCACCGGGAUUACAAUAGGCAAAAUUCCUUUAAUAGUUUACUUUGAAAGGUACUGUGUAACACCUACCACCUAUUUCCCUCCCUCCAGGGAGCCCUCUGUCUUCCGUUGUUGUUCCUUUCUGUCACGGGGCUACCGCUGCUCUGUUUCUCAAACAGUCUUAGCUGUGGAAUUCCCAUCUCUGGUUAAACUGGUGUUCACAAGAACGGAGUGCAGAUCAAAAUCUGCUCCUGAUCAAGCUUCUCCAGAGUGAUGAGCAUGUGGGGAGAUACUGGUCCUGGGGAUGCUUCUGCCCUCAUCUGUGCCUGCACCUCUGUGGUGUGGACGGCUGCGAGAGCUGCCUUCCGGCUGCGUGCUUGUUGGAGCUGAAGCACUGAGGGUAUGGAAGCGAUUUUAAUGCUUGAGAGAAUGAGUCAUCUUCAACAUUGCCCUAAGCCUCCUCUGUACUAUGCAGGUGAUAUGAAGGUGUUAUGAAGUGAGUACAAAUCUAACUGGAAAGGCUUCCCUGUUCAGCACUGGAGGAGAAAAAGGCCUGAAGUUUUUACAUUUUUCAGUGAAACUGAAUUGUUACAUUUUUGCAAGAGUUCUAAUGUCUUUCCUGGCAAACAGUGGGCUUAAUGUUUCUUCAGUAGAUUAGAGAUAGCGCAUACAGAAGCAGCUCUCUCUCUAUCUUUUCUUAGUGCUUAGGAAAAGAAGAAAGACCACAACUAACUUUAAGCUGGUGCCUGGAGAAAGCUCUACUUCUAUUACUUAUAUUUUGUUUAUGUUAAAGAAGACACUUAGAAAGUUCUCACUAAAGCUGGAAAGAUAAGAGGGAGAGCCUGCCAAGGAGGAGAUGAGUUUACUUCUUUGUUGUCACAAGCUUCCCAAGUGACCUUUUGCAGUUCACUCAGCUUUUUUUUUCUUCUGUAAAAUGUGUUAAUAGCACUUUUCUGCCUCAUUAGGAAAUGCUGACUGUACAUGAAAGGUGAAGAUGAUCUUUACAGCUGAUGUACAGUGGGCAGUACAUUCUGGAUGAAUGGCUGGGUAGUGCCCAUGUGUGGGGAUAACAAAGAGCAUUCAUGUACUUUGGGUCUGUUGCUAGUUUCUGGCAUUGCAGUGUCCUUUGAUGCAGACCUACAAUGCUAAAAACGUUGUUCAAAAAACUCCCAGUAAUAAUUUGUGAAAAGGUGUGUAGAAGAUGGGCAAAUUUUCAAUGAUGUGAGUUGUCAUAGCUCUAUUGGUUUCAGUCAACAAGAGUUGUGCAUAGUAAUUUCUGCUUCAGCCAAAACUUUGAAAUGUUGCAGUUGGACAUAAUGCUAAACGAGAGGAAUUGGUACAAUUAAUCUGUACGUGAAAAGGAAUAAGCAGUAUAAUUAUCCAUGCCAUCUUAAAGGCAGUGACUGUGUAGAAAUGUGGAAGAGCUAAGUUAUGCAAGUUCCUACGAGGAGGAAAAGUCAACUGUGUAUGGAUGUGCACGGAGGUGGCCCCAGCAAGAGUAUGUACUUUGUCACGUGGGAACUGUUUAGAACUGUUCUCAUAUUCUUCCUGAAAUUAUUCCUUUCAUAUAACCGCACAAUAUGUUUUGAAACAUUUGUUCCUUAAAAUUUGAAUCAUACUGUAAAUACUUACUGGUGUGCCAUUGUGAAAAGUCUAGCUUUUUAUUAACAUAGUAAAUGCUAUAUAUGCCUUAUAUCUAUAAUUAUAUAUCUGUAUUUUACAAAAAUGCCACAGAAAAUAUAUUAAAGUGUGUAUCUAAACACUUUUUUCUACAUUUGGAAAAUUAAGGGACUUAAGCUUUUUUUUUUUUCCCUCCACAUCUCCAGUAAAAGCAAAGUGACUCUAAGGUAAGCUUUGAAACUCAAAGACACUUCAACAAGCUACAGGGAUCUAACUAGCCGACAGUCCUUCCAUGUUUCAACUGAACUACCAUGGAGACUAUCAUUUGUGUGAAAAGGUUGGGGCAGGCGUUGCACAAGACAGCUGGGGCUGGAAGGUAUGGGGAGGAGUGAGUAUCUUGCCAUGCUGAUUUUUCAUAGCCCAACUCAUCCCGGCUGCCAAGACAAGUUUUGCUGCCUCUUAUCAGCCAGAUCUGGGAAGUUCUAUAUGACCAGGUGCUUGCAGGAGAGCUCGAUGCCUUGCAUAUCUGCUCUGUGCUCUUACUUUGGUCGUUCACUCUCCCUUCUGUUUAUUCCAAAAUCCAUGGAUUCCCAAGGCAGAGUUUACACCCAAUAAACAGCUGGGUAUGCUGUGAUUCUAUUCAGCAACAAGCAACAUUUAUCCCCACAGAAAUGCUGCUAUCCAUAGAGGCCUUAUUUCCCAUUGUACUGCAGUAAAUGAUUCCAUGUGACGUAGGGCACAGAGCCUGAAAAUAUGAUUGCUUUGGAAUACUAGGGUUUCGUAGUCACUUAACACCAGCAUUGUUGCAAAUGACCAGAAUUAGGGCAAAAGAAGUAGGCAUGAAAAUGCUUGAUCAUAAAUAUCAGGCGUCUGGAGAGAAUGAGAACUUCUGUUUUUAAUAAGAGAGAAGUCUUUUUUGGAAUGGUGCAAUCACACACUGAGAAGCCUCAUUUCUGCUUGAACAGAGGGCAACGGGAGAAAAUCAUAGGAAUGGCAUCAAUGUUAACGAGUCUAUAUUGUGAGCAGCUCAAGAUGGGGAGCUCAAGUUAUCAUGAGAAGUAAGCUCACAGAUUCUGUGGGUAUUUUUUCCCAUGAAGAUAAUAGAUCUAAUUAGUCUGUACAGCAGAUUGCUUGUAUGGGCUGAAGACUUUUAGAGAUUUAUAUAUCCACUUCAGAGAUUAAAUUACCAUUGUUUCACUCUUCUGAAUAUGCUGUCAAACUGUCACAGCAUUAUUGUUUAUGUUUACUCUGAAGUCCAAGUUUUAAUCUCAAUAACUGCAAUUAUUGUAAGGGAGUAAGUAAUCUUUGUGGGCUGUCUUUUCACUUCAUCUGCCGACUUGUUACUUGAGCUCUUUGUUAAUAUGACCACAUAUACACUAUUUCUCCUUGUUUUUAGCACAGUUGUGCAGAUAUAACAAUUUAGUAUAUUCAAAACUGCAUUAAAAACUCAUGUUCUGCCUCAUUUUCCACACUAUUUCUCAUUUGCCUGUUCAUUCAGAACACUAACACGCCCAGAUGACAUGCAGUUUUAACAGAUGGUGACAUGUCAAAGAAAUAACAUUUCUAGAGUGUUCAACUUGCUUUGAAUAUUUUUCAUCAGUGUUGUUAUGUUCAGACACUGAACAAGUAUUUGUUACUCAGAAAAGGAAGUUUCCUAUGCAGCCACCAAUUUUUUUGCACAGUGAUAUCAAAUUGUCCAAACUGACAGCAGACAGACUCCACACAGAGCAGGUCCAACAAGUAAGAAUCUGAAUCUUCUGGGUGUACAUGGAGAGAUGGGCCUGAAUUGUGAGUAGUUUCUAUCCAUUGCUUAUGGUAACCUGAAUCUGAAAAGAUUCAAGCUAAAGCUUUUAACAGAAGUUUUCCUUAACUUUUCCUUGCCAAAUAAGCAGGUUUGAAAGCCUGUUUCUUCUUGAAGUAUUGUCACUGUUUGAUCUGUUCACGCUCAUUAUCUACAUGCUCGUAUCCGUUGGCUUGUAGAAGCACCAGAUGAAGUUUACAGGGUAAGAGUACUUGGUACACUAUUAACUCUUACCCUGAAGUGGGUUUCCACAGUAAAGACUCAUUACUUAACCACAGAGGAGUGUUCCCUGCCAUUUCCUGCCUUUCCCCACUCCAGUUCUGCUGCAGGGAUUGGCUGGAGGAAUGGAAAGAGCAGAAAUGGGCACCACAAUCCUACCAUGCGCUUCCGCAAUGUAUUAUUUUAAUGUAAGACA